AUGGCGAUGGAUGCGAGCGGGCUGUUGUUUCAAACAGCCGCAGAGACGAUUGACGCGCUUAGCUUCACGCAGAGCCACGUCAUCGAUGAGGACUUCCGUGCCCACAGCAAAACAAACAUUAACUCGGUGCGCUCCCUGCAGCGUGAGCAGCGCAACCGCAUUGAGCAGAACUACGGCCCCCGCGCCGCCUCCGCCGAGAGCAUCGCGGCGCUGCUGCGGGCGGCGUACCGCGGCGAGACGACGUCGCUGGAGUUGACGCGGGAGGCCGGCGGGCGUGGGGCCCCGCUGGCCGUGACGGCCACCAUGUCGCACAGCCAGUGCCAGGUCUUCAAGAAGGAGAUGAAGCAGCGCAUUCACGAGUGGGAGCGCGCCUUCCGCGAGGACCGCGGGGUCGCGGUGACGGCGCACGACAAGGUCCCGCUGCGUCACGUGUACGAGCUUUACAAGGCGGCGAAGAAUCGACUGAAGGAGACGGAGUCGCCGCACGCUGCCGCCCUGGAGCCGAGCGUCGAGGGAUCCGCGGAGCCUCUCCAAACACAAUUGUUGCAGUCGCAGCCGCAGCAGCAGCAGCAGCAGCAUCAGCCAUUGCAUGAGGGCGGCGUGCGCAAUGGUGAUGCCGCUGUCGAGGUGAGAGGCGGAUCCGUUGGGGCGCAGGCCUCGUACUUUUCCGGCGGCCCACUGGACGGCGCUGGUGCCGCAGUGUUUGCAGCGCCGGUUUCCAUGACUUCCUCCAACAACAUGCCGCACCAGCCCUCCCCCGCGCGGACCAUGGGCAAGGGAAAGCCGGCGAGUCAGAUGUCUGACGAGGAGCUCACGACGGAGAAGCGUUACUUGAAGCACGUCCUUCACCUUUUUGAGAGCAACUUUGAGAAGAGCAAUGGCCGACCCUCGACGAAGAGUGACAGGCAUAUGUGGGUGGCCGAGUACACGCGUUACGGGGAGUUGAAGAACGAGAUUCUCCGUCGUGCCGCGAGGGGAAACCAGGGAGGCUCCGCGGCCGCGGAGGCCCACGCCGCCCCCUCCACCGUUUCCAUCCCACUGUCCGACAAAAUUUAG